AUGGCGAGACAAACUCUAAUCCAAACAGGUGGACUGAUGCACGAGCUGCAAAGGGACAACACCGCAACCUUCACGUUCCUUGAAGGGGACAUUGACUCGGAUCCUGGUCCUGGCAUUGCCGGCUACUAUGACGGCCCGUACUACAGCUAUUACCGAUUUCCGCGCACCUUUGCCCUAGAGGAUAAUGACGACUCAGACAUCCUGGAGGCGUACGAACAGCUCAAUGAAACUGUUGCUUUGGAAGGUCCGUUCGAUGGAAUUCUAGGCUUCUCCCAUGGCGGGACCUUGGCCGCUGGUUUCAUCAUCCACCAUGCGAAAAUGUAUCCCGCGCAACCCGCCUUGUUCAGAUGUGCUAUCUUCAUCAAUUCCCUGCCCCCCUUCCGCAUGGACCCUGGUAAGCGUCCCAUUGUAGAGGAGGGGUUGGAGGGAUACAUCUCAAUCCCAAGUGUGCAUAUCGCCGGUGCCCAAGACCCACUCUUUGAUUAUUCUCUCGCCCUGCAUCGCAUAUGUACGGCCCACCAUGCUACAUUUGCAGUUCACGGAAAGGGUCAUGAUGUGCCCAGUGAUCAAAAGGACGUCGUCAUUAUUGCCACUGCUAUUCGCAAGUUGUUCAGUCAGAUCUGGUGA